ACCCUAACAUUUGGACAAAUCUGAAAGCCUAAUUCUUCUCUGCUGAAGCUGACGAAUCUUUCUCAAGUUCAGAGGCAGUACUUCCCUGUUCAAGUUAAAGCUUUUAAUUUAGCUGCUAGAUAUGUUUUGAGUUGAACGGCACUGUUGAUUGUGGUUUAGGAAUUUAUAGGUUUCAUAGCACAGCUGUAAGCUACUAUGUUAUAAUUGGGGCUUUCUUUAUAUAGUUCUGAACGGUGAUAUAUAAAUGGGUGAAAAGUUUUGGGCACAUGAGGAAGAUAAGACUAAGGUGGAAUCUGUUUUGGGUACUGAAGCCUGUGAUUAUUUGAUAUUGUUGGCUUCUAAGAACGUGCUGGCGGAUCUCAUAUAUCCACCACCCAGUUAUUUGGGUCUGCAACAAAAGCUUUGUGUCGUCGUUGAGAGGUUUAAUUGGAACUAUGGGAUUUACUGGCAAGUGUCGAGCUUGAAAUCUGGUGGAUCAGUCUUGAUUUGGGGUGAUGGACAUUGCCGGGAUCCUAAGCUUAGUGGAGCUGGUGUUGAUGGAAAACCGGAAGGGGUUGAGAAGAUAAAUGAGGUGCGAAAGCAGGUACUCCAGAAGCUUCAUGUAUGCUUUGGUGGGUCGGAGGAGGAUAGCGGUGUUGCUAAGUUGGAUGGCGUAUCGGACAUGGAGAUGUUUUAUUUCACGUCGAGGUACUUCAAAUUUCAUUGUGAUAUAUCGUAUGGUCCUGGAGAAUCUUACAAGUCGGGCAAAUUAAUUUGGACCUCAGAUGUGAAUUCUUGUUCAAAUCAUUAUCAAUCGAGAUCAUUUUUAGCCAGAUCUGCUGGAUUGCAAACAGUGGUGUUUGUACCUGUGAAGUCUGGUGUGGUGGAGCUCGGUUCCAUUAAGUUGAUUCCUGAAGAUCAGAAUAUUGUGGAGAUGGUGAGUACUGUAUUCGGUGGAUCCAGUUCUGUGCAGACAAAAACAAUUCCAAAGAUAUUUGGACAUGAAUUAAGUUUGGGUGGUUCAAAGUCUCAAUCGAUUAGUAUUAACUUCUCUCCAAAAACGGAAGAUGAGUCAGGCUUCAUGUUGGAAUCUUAUGAUGUUCAAUCUCUAGGUUCCAAUCAACAUUAUGGUAAUUCUUCUAAUGGAUGUCAAAGCGAAGGCGAUGCAAAGUUGUUCCCACAGUUUCUUGUUGGAGGUCUGAAUGCACAAGCGAGAAUUUAUAGUUUGGAUCACCCAAAAGAUGACUCGCCGUCUUUACCUGAUGAGCGGAAACCAAGGAAGAGGGGAAGGAAGCCGGCCAAUGGGAGAGAAGAACCAUUGAAUCAUGUUGAAGCAGAGCGACAGAGGCGGGAAAAACUUAACCAGCGGUUCUAUGCAUUACGGGCAGUUGUCCCUAAUAUCUCUAAGAUGGACAAGGCAUCUCUGCUUGGUGAUGCUAUUACCUAUAUCACCGACCUCCAGAUGAAGAUUAGGGUAUUGGAAACUGAAAAGGAGACUGUAAACAAUCCGCAAAAGCAGUUUCCAGUGCCUGAUAUAGAUUUCCAGCAAAGGCACGACGACGCAGUCGUGACAAUGCGCUACCCUUUGGAUGCUCACCCGGUUUCUGGAGUCGUAAAAGCUUUGAAGGAAAAUCACAUUACAGCACAAGAAUCCGAUGUUUUGAUGACAGAUAAUGACAAGAUUGUCCACACCUUCACCAUUGGAGCCCCGGGUGGUGGUGCCGAACAAUUGAAGGAGAAACUGAUGGAUGCUUUAUCUAAAUGACAUUCAGGUAAUAGUUGUAUCGAUAAUGUACACCUAAGGGAAUGCUGUGCAUCGACUUGUAGAAAAAUGGGAUUCAGUCGUGACUAACAGGU